AUGGUGAAAAUUAGUUACGCAGAGAAGAAAGUCUAUGGAGUCAGGAUCGGGCGGAUGUUGUCAAGGGAGCUGAGGAGACGAAUCCCACCCGGUAUUAAUGCAAAUCACGCUGCUGAAGACCCAACUGUUGAGCUUGACCUUACAGGGAAGGGCCUCACAGACGAUGGGCUCUCUGUUUUCAUCGAUGACCUUAUACAGUGUAUGAGUUACCGCGAUGAAGAUCACCCACAAGGAACUGUUCGACUCACGGAGCUCUGCCUGAAAGCAAAUAACUUGACGGUUAUGUCCAUGAUGAGGUUGAGUGAGGUAAUAUUCCUCGGGAGCACGACCCUAACCAAAGUGGACGUAUCAAACAACAGUAUCCGUGUCACCAAUGAGUACGAGAGGAGGUCACUAAGUUCAUUCUUGAAUGCUUUCCGAUACUGUUUCGUUCUUAAGAAAGUCGACUUCAGUGGAAAUCAGUUGGAAAACGCCGGGUUCGAUGUCCUGUCGUGCAUGUACUUCAAAAGUGACUUUGACUUCCACAACACCAAUCUUAUAUCUAUGAUACUGGAAUCCAACGCCGAGAAACCCGAAUCUGCCAAUGAGCUGAAAGUUUAUGCACGCAAAAGGGGCCUUCGUUCGGUACCCUACCUCGUAUUCACUAAUACGUGUACCACCCCGCUCUGCGCAUUUCAUCUCUGGAAUAUCGUAACAGCGCACGAUCACCCAAAUUCUCUUCUUGAUUUCCUCCCAGCCGGAAAGAACAUGGCUCCAUCAGGGCUUGAAGGCAAGAAGACAGGAGUUGUGUAUACUCCAAACAAAGGUUUAUCACCUCUUUGCCAAGCUUUCCUAGAGCUUGGAAAUGAGAUUCACUGUGGCAUGGGAAAUGAUAAUACCACCGGAGUCAUUAGACCAGAAAAGGAGACCGCAGAGGACCGCAACAGAGCGAAAAAAGCGCGAGAGGUUCUAAGACUGAAGCAAAUUGAGAUGGAGCGAGUGCAGAAAAGGAUCAUUCUCUCUUCCAUAGAAUCAUAUGGCAUACACAGCGUUAGGCUCUGGGCUAUCACGUUCAAGUUGUUGGUAGCCGCUCGAGCAGUCUUGCUCGAUGAGAAACACCGACCCCAAGAAGCAGCCCUGUGGAAUAGUGACGAAACCACAGGGCCAUUUCUGCGGACCCGGGCUAAUUACCAAACUUCUCUAACGUCAAGAAUAUGGUCCUUGAAUCUCACCAAUGGUUUAUCAAAUGUGACGCGAGGCACUGGUGGAGGAUUUCCGUCUAGCAUUCUCCAGCGUCAACCAUGUUCAAACCGUUUCAAGCACAGCACUAAUCUGCGUUUGAAAGCUGCCUAUAGGUCGAAAUACCGGUUCGGACUGACGAUAUACAUCUGGAGAGACAUCUUGGCCAUGGCUUUCGAUAACAGGGAUAUCUUGGGGAGGGAGCAACAGGUCAGGGUUGUCGAAUAUGCCAGCGACUGGACUGGCAUCGAGCAACAGAUCUCUCUCCAAAGUGCACGAGAAAGCGAACAGAUCUGGAGUAUUCUGAGUGCGGUUGAAUGUCUUGUUUACACGUUUGAGGAUUGA